GUGGAAAAGGGGAAAGCUAAUAUGCUGCUGAUAUACCAAAGCUUCUUCGGUUAAAUUGAAUAAAUACCGCUUGCCGAGGACUUAUAAACUUUCGACCAAAAACUUUUAUUACAUUUUAUUACAACUGCUUCAUUACAAAAAGGAUGAUAUUUUAAUUACAUUUAUUUUUUCUAUGACGUAAAGUUUAAAAACAGUUAUAAAUUACUGCUGAAAGUCAGAAGACAAGCAAAUAUGAAUGGUAUCAUUAAUUACCCGACCACAGAGAAAGGAGCCAGAAAACCAAAAUGUGCCAGAUGUCGAAACCAUGGGAUGAUAUCCUGGUUAAAGGGGCACAAGCGACAUUGCCCGUACAGAGAUUGCGCAUGCGCGAAAUGCAAUCUUAUAGCAGAGCGACAGAAAGUCAUGGCGGCUCAGGUCGCCUUGAAGAGACAGCAAGCAGCCGAGGACGCAAUUGCUCUUGGUCUACGAGCGGUUAACGUUCCGACAUCCUUACCGGGAAGUUAUCUUCCUGCUGGACCUGUUUUCCCCACACACGAAGCUACAAACGUUGGAGAUGAAAAAAAUUCCACUGGUAGAAGCGAUGACGAAGAAGUCGCUAUCGACUCUUCGGUAAACGAAAGAGAAGACGAGAACGCUGUGGUGUCGUCAGAAGCCAGCAUUAACAUCGCACACGCCAUGGCAUCUUCGUUCCGACCUGGAAAACUAAGCCACCUUGAGAUUCUGACUCGACUGUUUCCGCAACAGAAACGAUCAGUAUUGGAGCUUGUACUACAAGGUUGUAACGGCGAUACAGUAAAGGCGAUCGAACAUUUUCUGUCGGUGAACGAACCAGCUACCGCGAGUCCACCAUCCAAAACCCCUUCCCCUCCACCAGAUUCGCGAAAACGAAAACUAUCCACCCCAAACUCUGAGUUCAAACGACAUGCCCCGAAUGAACGGCUACCAGUAUGGAAAUCCGACCAAUCAGCAUUCAGCUCCCUUGAAGCAAAAAAAUCCCCUAACCUCGCACUGAACUCUCCUUUAUCGAGAACGGUUGUGGGAAACCCCCCUAACCCCAUGAAUUUGGCUUCGUCCAUUUUUAAUUCCUCCAUUUUCCCGAAUCUUUCUGCCGAAACAUUGUUCCGAGGCUUCCCUCCUAACCCCACUUUUCCAUUGGGUCAAAAUUUUAGCGGUGGGGUAACCCCAAACCCAUUUUACUUUCCGUUUUACCCACUAAACACCAAAUUAUCGCCAUCCAUUGGAAGCCCAACUACGUGACUGCAUGUCCCCAUAGAGGUAAAACCUAAAAGUUGUAAACAACACCACGACUUACGAUGACGUUUGUGUUUGUGGGCAACCACGACUUACGGUGACGUUUGUGUUUCAUAAAUUCAAAUUACAAUGUAGUUCGCUGAUGAUGACAAUAAAAUAUCAUGGUGUAAUUUAUUUAAUUUUCAAAUCGAGUAAAAUAUACCUAUGCUGAUUUUCUGACUCAUUCUAGUUCUUUGAUCUUGUCAAAUAUUUUCGCGGGAACGAAUGACAACCACACCAUUAUUCGCUUUCCAGGCGUUACUUUCUCCCCACGGAAACAACCAAAAAUAUCAAUUUGGCUCGAAAGAUUGUAUAAUUUAUAGCCGGUUAAGAAACAAACUGUCGUCGACGUGCAUUCGACCUCUUUAGCUCGUCGAGCUUCCUUUGUAAGGCUUGUUGGGUUCCCGGCGUUUUGUUUGAGCAAGUCGCAGAGAUCUUUUGUAAAAGCUUUGAUGGAUGGAGAGCUUGUAACGAGUUUGCAGGUGUCUCUAUUCACUAGCGAGUCGAUCAAAUAUUGAGAGAAAUUAAGCGAAAAGCCAGCGCGGCUGGAGUCACAUUUUAAUAACUUUUGCAUCGCUUAUUUAUAAAAUAUAAUAAAGUAUAGUAAGGUGGGGAAACACGGGACACAUUUAGCACAUAAUAAACAAAUAUCCUUAUCGUGUUUUUUUACAAUUAACAACGGUCUCUGCGGUUGCGGUGUUCCAUCUUCCCCCACCCUUAUAUAUUGGACUUUCUUCGUGACUCUUCUUCAUUUUGCAAAGCCAUUUUUGUUGUAUUGAUCAUGUGAAAAUCUGUUCAAAACACAAGCAACAAAGCGAUGAUUGUUUAUGUAACAAAAAGUGUCCUGUUUCAAAUCGGCAAUGUCCUUUAGCGGGGUUAGGCGACCGCGGCACAAAGUGAAACUUCAUCUAAUGUAUCGGAUGGAGUGCGUCUACCAUUAUGUAUCCAAAGAUGCCAGCGUAAUGUUACACCCCCUUGUAGUCCCAGGUCGUUUGGAAAGACGAGAAUCCAAUUUUCCAAACGAUAAUUUAAAUUCUCGGUAUGAAAGUAGGUGUCGAGGAACAAUGAUUUGAUUUAGAGUGCUAUAGCAGGUUACUCACAUCAACAUAAUUAAUUCCAUGUAAUUUAAAAAGAUAAAUUAACAUAUAUACUAUUUUUGGUUAAACACCUUAAAUAAAAGAAAUAAUAAAAAAACAACUUUUUGUAGUGAUUUUAGUUUGUUUGUUAAUACGUCGGAAAUAUUUGUUAUAACAACUUUAAAACUUUCGCGUGGUAGCAGAAAAGUUCACGGGGCAACAAAAUAAAUCGAUUGCAUAAUUAGUUUAAAUCUUAGAUUUGUUGCGAAAGUUUCUCGAGCCCCCUGAAGUGCUGGUGGAGGGCGCAGCCACCCGGGAAAGAUACACGUCGAAAGUUUUCAGCUAAUUUCGCCGCCUUACAAGUCGCUUUGUUCUUCAGCGCCUUUGUUUGCACUGGUCGCAUCCUCUUUAACAUGAGCACCAUCAUGCUACUUGAACACGGUGCCCGAGCGUCAAUUAACCGGAAUAUUGAAACAUCAAAGUUAAAUAUUCGGCAACACUGUGGAACCACUGGUUAUUUCGCUAAUGUGCGAAGUGAUAAAAUCCACAAAUAUGAGCAAACAACAGGUAUCGAGGACGGGAUAAUGAAUUGGGGAAGGAAAUGAAGCAAGAUUCGGACACGUUUACACUAGCAGGACGAAUAACCGCCGAACAAAACCGCUCGCUCGAAGACAAUUAAAUGUUGUAAACAAAAACUGGUUUCCAACGACUGUGAAGACGAUUUUAUCUGUGAGUGUCGGUGCAAUAACGCGAUAACGCCCAGCGACGAAAAGAUAUAUCGACGACGGGGACAAUUACUGGGGUUUGGCAAAUACCGAACAAUAGACGAUCCGUCUUGGGAGUCCGUCAUUGCAACUAUAGGAUCCAUUCCUUGGCAAACAGUGCGAUUAAUUGUUAAACUAUCUCCACCCGCACGCGGUCGGUGCCUUUCAUGUUCGGCCCGACGAAAAUAUCGUUGUGAAUGGAAAUCAUUAUUGUCACGUCACUGAUCCCUCUGUGACGGUUGAAACAUGAUGAAGAAUACAUUGAGCAAACACCGACAGUUUGCGGUUUAUCGUCAGCUUAAAGCUGGGCAAAUUUGGACUCAAUGCUACCACCGUGCGGUUGAAUAAAUUACUACUUCUAAAUA